GUCGUUGAAACACCCUGCUUCUGUUUUUGCGGAAGCUGGAGCGGGCACAAGGCAACUUUUUAUAUUUGUUCAAGUUUUAAUGUUGAUUUAACGGGGGAUUUCAAACCGAACCAAACGUAAGCAAUUUAAACGCACUACGCAGUUAGCCAGCUCAGUGAUUUUGUUCUGGAGUGAAUAGCCACAGAUCACUAUGGCUACAACAGACCCAGUGUAUAAUCCGACAACUACGCAGGAAACAACGUCUAAAAAUUUUUUCAAAAUUCCAACGGACAAUUUGGAUGUGUUCCGAUUUUUUAUUAAAGUGGCUGAAGUGAUCCUGUCUUUCCUGGCCUUUGUCUUGGAGGAGGUGGUGAUCAGUUGCGUAUCCUGUUCGCCGCUCUACUUCUUUGAGUUUGUUAGCUGCACAGCCUUCCUAUUCACUGCCCUGCUGCUCAUCCUCCUCUCCACCGUCCUGCAUCAGAAAGUGGGCAUCGACUGCUGGCCAGCUGUGGACUUUUGUUACACAGGUGGCAUUGGCCUUUUCUUCCUUAUCUCCGCCAUCGUCUUUGCGUCAGAUAAUGGAGGAACCUCCGUGGAGAAGGCGGCAGUGGCUUUUGGCUUCCUUGCAACCAUAGCCUUUGCUGUGGACAUUUGCAGAUUUUUAAUGACUAAAGGUCUGCCAUUUAAGAAGAGCAACCCAGCACCUGGCGAGGUUCAGCCUGAGCACCCAGAGGAAGAAAAACUCAGGUCCAAUGGAACAGAAUAAGUCAGGAACACACUGCCUCCCUCUGACUGAUCCAUGCCAUUACUUUGAGACUAGAAAAUAAUUUAUCUUCACCAAGGUUCUUCUCGAGUUAUCCUGAGAGCCAAAAUGAAGAUGGUCGCCACCCCUUUUCUGGUAUCCAUUUGGUUUCAGCUUAAAACAUAAGUUUGGUAUAAUUGAGUCCAACUUUGUUCCUAUUGGUCACUGGAGCAACAAAUAUGACUUCACAUAUUUUUUAGGACAAUGGUGAAGGUACUAUGGCAUGUUUUUUUAAAAUAUAAUAUUUGUAUGAAAUGCAGUUAGCAAUGUUUUAACCAAAGGUAAGUGGUUUUCAUGGUUUAGCUGUUUGUUUUGUUGGGAGGAAUAGUUUGGCCAUUUACAAAAUCUGAAAUUAAUUUGAUGCUGACUGACAUGUGGUUUUAAUUGCAGUGAACACUUUGCAGAAACUUGGCACAGUGUGUGCAGAUUAGGAAGAAGGGCAAGUGGUCUUAGCUCAAAUUUCAUGCUCAAAUCAUGUUUGUUUUAAAGAGCCUGCGGUGUUCUUUGCAUGCUUCAUUCAGAUCUAUCUGAGAUGAAUAUAUGUGGGGAAACGGCAAUAAACAGAAAGAGAACUUUAAUUAUUAUUUUAAAAAUUAUUAUUACGACUCAUAUUGUUUGCCCCUCGUAAGAUUGUGUUAAAGCUAAUAUACUAUAAUAUACCAUACUGGUGAUUUAUGAAGAGUAACAAUUUUAAUGUGCCUUAAAUCAGAAUUUUUAAAUCACUAAUGCCAUUAUUUAUUAUGAAUACAUUUGAAAUACGGUAUCAAAAUGAACUCUGUUGCAAACAUGUUUUGAAUUCUUCAUAGUAAUGUGUCACUUUUUUUACAGUUCCAAGACCUACUUUUUAGUGUUUUUAUAUAACAACAAAUUAACAUUCCAGUGAUCCACAUCUACAUAGCAUUCUUAUGGCUAUCAUUAACAGAGGGAACAGAUAGCUUCCUUUGCAUAAAAUCAUUUGUGUAUAUUUUCUACAAAGGCCACCAUGUUUAUUCAUAAAUAAUGUUUGUAUAUGUCUAAACAUAUCUGGGAAAUAUUGGCUCCUUCAGAUUUUAUUAAAAUUUUUACUUUUAAAUUGUUGUCAGCCUAUUUCAUACAAUGUGUGGCAACAAAUAGAUAAUCUGAAUAGUGAAUGCUAGCUUAUAUCCCACACUUAAACUGCACUGGUAUUUAUGACAAUGGUCAUAUAUUAAAACCUAUAAAGGUAGAAGGUUACCAUUAUGUGUAUUUACAUUUUUUAUUGCCUGUUUCAAGACGGCUAGUAUGUUUUCUGUCUGUUACUGUUGUCCAUCAACUGAAACAUAAUUUAUUUAUUUCAAGAUAAAAGCCCCUUGAUAUUUACCAUCUAGUUUUUUGUGAGAGUCCUGCAACGCUGCAUAAAACACAUUUAUACUUCUUCCUUGCACAAAAUAACUGAAAUGAAGAAAAACAAAAAAUAAACGCCAGAACAGAGACGCUCCUGAUGGAAUGUCAGUUAAUGAUUAAUUUUAUAUACCAGUCAGCAAUAACAGUCUGUCAUAAGUUUCCAGGAACAUUUUUAAUUGCGCAAUUAACACAUUUCAUAGUAGUUGGCCCAGCCUGUUUUCAUGCCUGAAUAGAGAGAUUCCUUGAGAGGUGACUUGAGAACCUUGUAAAUUUCAUACACUUUAGAAUCUGGUACCAGUGCAGUUGGCAUGUGCGGUUGAGGGAUGGAUGAAGUUGUUUGUACAUCUACAUUAACAGUGACGUGUUUGAAAGUGACAACCUAGAAAAAAUAAACACACACACAAAUUAUUGUAAAUGAAAAUGAUGUCCACAAUGGUGGCCAACAGAAUGAUGUAGGAGCUUUUAAAGUACUAGUUUAUUACUAGAAACUAAGUUGAAUGUUAGAAUGCUGAAGUCUUACUGGGGUUAAGCAGCUAAUGGGAACAUACUAGUGCUGGCCUCAUAGAAUGUGGCAUGUGUAUAUAAAUUAGUUUUCUCAUAGUGGUAAAUUAUUGAUUUUAAAAAAAGCAUUGUCACUUAAGAAACGUUAUAUGAAACUGUAAUAUCCCAAAAUAAUUUGUGCUAAAAGGCAAUCAUUAAAAUCCUUUUUUUUUUUGUUUUUGUUCUGAGGGAUUGGGGAGUUACUUUAUAUGUUAGUGUAGCAUUCAUUUUUGUGUCCAAACUUAUUCUAGGUCCAAGAUCCUAGGAAGAUUUAGUGUCAACAUACAGUACCCCUUUAUUUUUAUAUCUGAAGUGUCCAGACAUUGCUUUAUUGAAAACAUUGCCCUGCCAUGCAUUGUAAAUUUUUAUGGUAUUGACAUUUCUGCAUACUAUAUGACAGCUUCAUUAUGUAAUUGCAUAGGUCUUCUGAUUAUUUUUACUGUGUAUAAUGCCUUGAAAUGUGAUGGACUGCAAUCAGAAGUGCCUAUUACCAUAGUGCUGACCGACACAGGUAUCUAGAACAUUUGCCCAAGGGUUUUGUUGUUGUCUUCAGUCAUCACAGAGUAAAUACCCUUGAGGUUGAAGAUAUUCUUGGUCUGGGGUAUUCAUUUCUGACUGCAGGACCAGCUGGCCCGCCCAUGGAUUAAACUGUUUCUUUAUUAGCUUUGUGGCCAGAGACAUUACUUUGUUUGAUAUUACCUUCUGUAGUUAAUAUCGACAAUGAUUUUCCUAGAAUGGUUAACUUAAUUUACAUCACUUAAUUGUUUCUGACUUGUCUGAGUCUGCUUGUGUUUAAAGUAAAGUGCCUGCACACUUCAAUGAGUAGAAAUAUACACUGGGUCUGGCUCUGCUCAUAAAUAUUCAUGAAUACACAGGCAUACAAAGUCUUCACUGGAACUCUAGCACAGAACAGAUGUGAAUCAUGUAUCAACUAUGUCAGCAGUCGUGAAUAUACUGCUUCCGUAGUGUCCAUCAGCGUCUGUUUGAGGGUUUAUGGCAGGUUCACAGAUCUUAUUCAUGUGUAGAUCAGCUGGAAUGGGAGUCACAGUGAGUUGCACACUCAUGCAUGACCUGACCUGACCUGGCCUGUCCGUGCAGAUUAGAAUAAUGGUGGUCGGGACCUUACUGGGAUUAGAUGUCUGAUGCAAUGUAAACUGGAACCAUUCUUAUAAAUAUGUGGCCCCAUGCUUAAAAUAUCUAUUUUUAUGUAAUGCACACUGUAACACUGCUAUAUCAAGGUCAGUGGUGUAAAUUUGCAUUUGAUCUUUAAUCUUUUGAUCCAUGUGCGUUUAACGUCAUUCUAACAAUAAAAUGAUGAGUUUACUGCC